GGGAAGAGGAGCGCAUUAUAAGAAGAGAAUGAACCCGGAGGAGCGUCAAAACAUUUCAACCACAGCCGAGAGAGAGGAGGCGAGAGGGAGACAGAGGCGAUAUGAGAUGUAGGCACAGAGGAAAACGGCAAAGCGAUCAGGAUGAAGACUUAAAAACGCGGAGAUUUUUCUUCUUUUUUUUUUUUACUACAAGGGCUGCAAGUCUGCUUUACAUUACCCGAAGACGGUACUUGUGCAAAACCAGCAUCAGCACACUGUGAGGAAUCUGCGAGAUAAAAAAAAAAAAAAAAAAGUGCGGUCCGACGUCGCACUCCUCUUGCGCCCGGCGCGCCUCGUUGUCUCAGCGCAUCCUGGAUGAGCGCAAAGUAUCGGCUUCAGCACCUGAGGAGAGGACAGCUCCUCCGGACCUCCUGUCCAAAACCCCCCCCCCCCCUCCCCCACCAAAACAAACUCUUGCUGCAGCUUUUAAUGUCAACACUUCCACUUCGACUCUCAGCCUGACAAGUCUGGAAGAAGUCUGAAGAUCCGCUGACGGAGAGAUCCGCGACUGACUGUGUGCUCAAUAUGUACCAGGGGCAUUUACAGGGGAAAGACUCUAGGGCUGCAGAUAAGACUGUUGCCAUGGUCCUGAAGGAGAUACCAAGUAAGGCGUCAUCAGAAGGGAAGCCCCUCCUCACGGUGACUACCAAGCUGGUGAGUGAGCAACAAGAGAGCCGCCCGCUUCUAAGCCCUUCCAUUGACGAUUUCCUCUGCGAGACCAAGUGUGAUGGGGUUUCCCGCCCAGUGACUUCCAACACAGCUGUUCUGUCUUCAACGCUGGACCUGCUGGAUCUCAGUGAACCUGGUGAGAGGAGGAACAGCAAGGACAGGAAGAGUCCCCUGUCAUCCCGGGGCAACGGCCAGAAGAACAACUCUCACAAGAAGAAGACGGAUGAGACGGAGCUUAUCCAGGUGGAAGUUGAACAGACAGGACCAAACAUGCGGACACCAGAGAGGGCGUCACUAGACUCAGUUACCAUUGGUUCACCGUUGGAUAAAUGGGAAGAGCUGAACCCUGAGCGAAAUGGCAACAGAAAAUGGAAGAUGGAGAGACGGCGUUCAUCUAAAAAUUCAUCUAAUGAAUUUCUGUGGUCCAUAGACUGUAAAACUCAAUUAGAGACACUGAAUAAGAACUCCGUGGAAGCAAAUACCAAAGUUGAGCCAGAGUCUGCCCUUGCAUCUCAACUCAACAGGCAGUAUAUUAGUGGAAGACAUGCUCGUCUCAGUAAGGAGCAGCGGUGGGGCAGCGCCCUCCUGUCCAGACAUCAGUCCCUGGAGGAGGAGUUUGAGCGAGCCAAGGCUGCUGUUGAGUCGGAUACCGAGUUCUGGGAUAAGAUGCAGGCAGAGUGGGAAGAGCUUGCUCGACGGAACUGGCUUACGGAGAACGAACAAGCACAGAUUCCCUCCUCUGUCUCUCCACAUGAGAAGGGUUACUACUUCCACACAGAUAAUCCUUAUAAGGACUUGCCUAACGCAUUUGAAGAGGGACUAAAGAAGUCUCGAGAGGGAGACUUGCCAAACGCUGUGCUUUUGCUGGAAGCAGCUGUCUUGCAGGACCCUCAUGAUUCAGAGGCUUGGCAAGUGUUGGGAACCACCCAGGCUGAAAAUGAGAAUGAGCAGUCAGCAAUUGUCUCCCUCCAGAGGUGUUUGGAGCUCCACCCCAACAACCUUCAGGCCCUGAUGGCUUUGGCAGUCAGUCUGACCAACACCGGUAUGCGCUACGACGCCUGCGAGGCCCUGCUCCGCUGGCUGCGACACAAUCCAAAGUACAAGCACCUGCUGAAGGGCAAGACCCACCUGGUGGAAUCCCCUAACUCCCAACGUAGGAUGUCUCAUGCUCCCAACAUGGGAAGACACGAAAGCUCUCUGCUGCCUGAGGCCAAGGAGCUCUUUCUGGAAGCAGUUCAGCACAACUCUGACAGCAUCGACCCGGAUUUGCAGACAGGCCUCGGGGUGCUCUACAACCUCAGCAGCGAGUUCAACAAAGCUGUGGAGGCCUUCAAUACGGCCCUGUCAGUACGGCCUGAGGACUACUUGUUAUGGAACCGCCUGGGGGCCACGCUGGCGAACGGGGACCGGAGCGAGGAGGCUGUGGAGGCUUAUACGCGAGCCCUAGAGCUGCAGCCGGGGUUCAUCAGGUCUCGGUACAACCUGGGCAUCAGCUGCAUUAACCUCGGGGCACACAGAGAGGCGGCCAGCAACUUUCUGACCGCCCUAAGCCUUCAGAGGAAAAGCCGGAGUCGCCAGCAGUCCCAUGAGGUGAUGUCUGGAAACAUCUGGGCUGCUCUGAGGAUAGCUUUAUCCAUGAUGGACCAGCCUGAACUCUUCCAGGCUGCAAAUAUCGGUGACCUGGAUCUUCUCAUGCGAGCCUUCAACCUAGACAUAUGAGGAAUGGGAGGUAGUGAUGAUCUAGCAUCUCCCCCUUCAGUUUCUACCCAACAGCCAAAAGCCCAAAGUGCACACAUCGGAAAGCUUUGGAUCUGAUGUAAGAGACAAGAGUGUGGUUUUUAUGCACGUUAAAAUUAACUAUGGUUGUCAAAGUUGUUAUAUUUUUCGCCCCAAGUACCUCGGAGCAGUUCUGAGGACAGGUUUUUCCAAGUGCUUGAAGUGACUGCUUUGUGAUGGAUUUGCACUGCAAUUUGUGAUUUCCCUGAAGAGCACAAGGACAGGCAAAGAUUGUAUGAGCAAUGCCUUAGAGAACACAUCAAUUAAAAACUGACUCAUCCAGUGGAACAGAGCUGAACCGGGAGAGACGGGCAGACAGACAGUUUGAGAAUCUCACAGAGGAGCCCUCACAUGCCGUUUGCAGAGAAGAGAGGAGGUUUUGAGGGGGGGAAAAAAGGUUCCUUAUCCAAUUACUUUCAAAGACUCAAGACUGUCUCACCAUCCUGAAGGAUGUAUUCAGUGAGCAAAAUGAUAAAGACUGCACCAUAUGACCUGGAACUCCAAAUUCUGUUCCUGGCUUGUUUUCAUCCUCUUUCAGUGGAGAAUAAUGAUACUGCAUGAAUAAGCAUUUUCAUAAAAGGAUUCUUGUUUAAAGUUAACAUACUUUUAGAAGUUUUCCCUUUGCACUUCAGACAAACAGAUAACUUCCUCAGUCCAAGUGGAAUGUGCAAGCCAGGUUGUAAAGCCUUACUCAAAUGCAUGCGAACAACAAUAUUCAUUUAUACUAUUUUUAUGGCAACACAAAAACACUAAGCCAUUUCCAGACUGGUUUCAAUUUCUAUAAAUAACUAUUGUCUUCUGAA